GUAACCAGGCUUCGCCGCCUGCUUGAAGUAAGCAGCGUUGUUCUUCGUAGUAGAAAUAAAAGAAGAACUUUAAGCUAUUUUAUUAGGUACCUGUGUUACACUGUACGCGAAUCAUUAUGGACACACUGCUCCUGCACGGAGAGGCUGAAGGUUACAUCCAAGGUUUGGAGAGAGUUUCACUGCGCGACGUUGGGAGCCCCAGGUGGUUUCGGCAGCACGAAUACAUUGAGAAACUCAAUAUGCAAGCUAUUCUUCAUGCCAGUGCUAAUCAAGAGGAGUUUAUCAAAGACCUUUUGGUGUCACUUGAAAAGAUUCCUACACUGGUUCAUGGAAUGAUACUCGUUGAAGUUUGGAAGCAGAAAGUGUUCCCUAUCCUCUGCAAGCUCCAGGACUUCAGCCCAAAGAGCACCUUUCCACUGUAUAUGGUGAUUCACCAUGAAGCUACAAUCAUAAAUCUGUUGGAGACUAUCUUAUAUCAUAAAGAAUCAUGCGAGGCAGCAGAGGAUGCUGUUGUGGACCUUGUCGAUUACUGCCAUCGCAAAUUGACUCUGCUGGCAGGGCGCUGUGCCCGGGGAGAAAUCCCCACUGAAGACAGAACCUCACAGACAGAGGUCUCAGACAUGAACACUGUACAGGAUCUGCAAAAUCAAAGCGCAGCAUUAGAAUUUGAGCUCUCUCUCAAGGCUCUCUCUGUGCUACGCUACAUUACGGAUCACGUAGAGAGUAUGAGUGUUCUCACGAGGAUGCUGAAUACUCAUAACCUGCCCUGCGUGCUGGUUCAACUUGUAGAACAUAGUCCCUGGAGCCGUAAAUCUGGAGGUAAGCUGCAGAAGUACGAAGGUGGGAAGUGGAGAGAGAUCCCUGCAGAGGACAUGUUAAAAAUGACCAAACUGGAAGGGCAGGUGUGGAUUGCUUUGCUGAAUCUACUGCUUAAACCAGACUGCCAGAGGAAAUAUGAUUUCAACAAUUUCAACAAAAACCAGCUCUUAAAGCUGCGCGGAUUUUUGACAGAGGUUGUUAUCGAUCAGCUGCCAAACCUUGCUGAUCUUCAGCGUUUCCUCAGCCACUUAGCUGUUACAGACCCUGCACCUCCAAAAAAAGACCUUAUCCUUGAGCAGGUACCGGAGAUCUGGAAUGAGAUAAUUGCAGAGAAUUCUGGAAAGUGGAAAGCCAUAGCUAAACACCAAGUGAAGAAUGUGUUCAACCCAUCUGAGAGUGAGCUGAGAGGACAAGCAAAUAGGCUGGCAGAGACUUAUAAUCUUGAUGUUAUGGAGUGUCUCAUCCCAGACAAACCAAAAUGUGGUGCAUGUGGAGCGGUCGCGGUCAAGCGUUGCUCCCGCUGCCAGGGAGAGUGGUACUGCAACAGAGAAUGCCAAGUGAAGCACUGGCCCAAGCACAAACUUGCGUGCCAGAUGUUGUCAGAAGCCACAGAGAAACUACAGAAGGAGCUGAACAUCAAGACCUGAGGGCCUCCACCCCUUACUGAUAGGAAAGAGACAAAGACUUCAUUUUCAGAGUUCGGAGGAAUAAAAUGACUGUAAAUGCCAGAAUGUCUGAAUGACCUAUAGCUUGGGUUGCUAUGGUGUUGAUGUGGAUUGUGGAAGCGUUGGAGCUACGAUUUAGUGUAGUAACCGGAGCUUGUGUGUGACUGCAUUAACUGCAGGAAUUUAUAUUGAACUUUAGAAGUACUGAGAAUUGUUUGUUUAAAAAUUAAAAGGAAAUUUGUCGGUAUGAGGACCAUUUAUGUGUCUUGUUUAUAUGUAAAAACUGAAGUCAGUGUUGGGUUUUCUGAGCAUCUUGCUCCUUUGUGCUUGUAACGCUGUUAAACAGUAUCAAGCGUAAACCUUCACACACACACAGAGAGAGAAAGAGAGAGAGAGAGAGAGAGAGACUGACUUUUGAGCACUCUUCCAAAAAUACAGCAAC